UUCUCUAUUAAUUUAUUAGCCUUCCAAACUGUCCAUAUAAAUACUUCUCCAUUGUACCUCUUACCUCCAUAUAACAUUCUUCAAGCAAAAACUAAUUCCACAAAAGAAAAAAAAAGAACAAUGGCAAUAAAGAGAUCGAGCAAAGCGACGUCGUCUCAAGCAGCAUCUAUCAAGCAAAUAGUAAAGAGAUGCUCGAGUCUAAGAAAGAUGAAGAACGUAAAUGGUUGUUACUAUAACCAAGAAGAUGAUCUUCCUCAAGACGUGCCAAAAGGUCAUUUUCCGGUUUACGUGGGACCGAACCGAAGUCGGUACAUCGUUCCUAUCUCAUGGCUCCAUCACUCCGAGUUCCAAACAUUGCUCCGACUAGCUGAGGAAGAAUUUGGGUUUGACCAUGAUAUGGGUCUAACCAUUCCUUGUGAUGAAGUCUUCUUCAGGUCUCUUAUCUCCAUGUUUAGAUAAAGCCCGAUAUCGGAGACAGAUUAUUAUUCUUGAAGAAAAGAUUUCUUUAUUGGAAAGAAAAUUUGAAGCCGAGAUCAGUAAAUCCAAAAACAAGAAACAAACUCAUUUUUUAGGGUUGUCUGAUUAAGAUGCAAGAACAUGGCUAAAAAGCUUCGUAGGCAUUAACCCGUUUGUGGUUUUUUUCUUUGCUAAAUUUAUUAGUCAUUUUCUCUUUUAAAUAUUUUGUUGUAGUUGGGGUGGGGUGGGAGACUUUUUCCCUCAAGUCAACGUAAAAUGUUGAUCGAUGAUCUUGAGAGGAUUAGCUAGUUAACUUCUAAAACUUUAUUGGUUAAGAUCAAUCAAGAAUCCUCAAUAGUUUUGGUGGUUUGUGCUAACGAUGUUUAUGUGUUAUCAUCGUUCGAGUUAAAAUCCGC